AUGGGAGACAUAGCCACAAUGUUCUACCAAGUACAAGUUCCAAGAAGUGACCGUGACUGCCUCCGAUUCUUUUGGUGGCCGAAUGCUGAUCUUGAAAAUGAUUCCGUUGCCUAUCGCUUGAGGGUCCAUCCCUCCGGAGCAGUGUCGUCGCCGAGUUGCGCAAGCUUUGCUCUGAAGCAAACUGCAAAGGAUAACAGUGAGCUCUAUGGGGAGGCCUCGUGUGAAGUGGUAAAGAAAUGCUUCUAUGUUGAUGAUUGUCUUGUCGCUGUCAGCCAAGAACAAGAAGCUGCUCAUUUGAUUAAGAGUACCACGGCCCUUUGCAGAGAAGGUGGAUUUCAUCUGACUAAGUGGCUGUCAAAUAGUCACGAGGUUUUGCAGACGGUGCCAAUAGAGGAGCGUGCAAAAGACAUCAGAGAGUUAUCAAUGGAGAAUCAGAAUCUUCCCAAUGAGCAAGCUCUGGGGGUUUAUUGGUUUGUUGAAUCAGACAGCCUGGGCUUCAAGGUCAAUUUGCCAAAGCAAUCGGCAACCCGACGAGGAAUACUUUCUGUUACAAGUUCAGUUUAUGAUCCCCUGGGCAUUGCAGCUCCCUUUGUGCUGAAGGCCAAAAUUCUUCUGCAGAGUCUUUGCCGACGAGGCAUAGGAUGGGAUGAAGAGAUUAAGGGAGAAGAUCUUACAAUUUGGAACCAGUGGUUGAGUGAGGUGAAAGAGCUAGAUCAGCUAAGAAUCAGGAGAUGCUAUAAGCCACCAGGAUUCGGUAAGGUUGUGAGCUGCCAGCUUCAUAUAUUUGCAGAUGCCAGUGAAGUAGGCUAUGGCGUAGCCGCCUAUCUCCGUCUUGGUAAUGAGUCUGGGCAAAUCAGCUGUUCACUUGUGACAGGCAAAGCAAGGGUUGCCCCUUUAAAGAACAUGACUAUCCCACGUAUGGAGCUGACUGGAGCAACGAUUGCAGUGAAGUUCGGCAAAGUCCUUACUCGAGAGCUUGACUUCAACGUAGAUAGCACUUACUACUGGACAGACAGCAUAACUGUAUUACGGUACCUCGCGAACGAGCGUUGUCGUUUCAAUACUUUUGUUGUGAACCGUCUUGCAAUCAUCAGAGAUGCCUCGAGCUUGCAGCAGUGGAAGUAUGUGAACACCAAAUCUAACCCCGCUGAUUGUGCAACACGUGGUCAGUCAGUAAAGAAGUUAUUUCAGUGCCCCAUGUGGUUUGAGGGUCCAGCAUUCCUGUCUGAGCCUGAAUCAGAAUGCCUAAGCAAGAUACAGAUCUGA